AUGUCCAUAACGAAUGAGUCCAUCUGGGCGGCGAGCCCCUCAACAACGAGGGGUCAGCCCACGCAGCUUGCUUCCGAUGCAAAAGGAGAGCGCCUUUCAUACGCGUCGGGCAAAUCGAUCUUCCUCCGCUCCAUCGACAACCCCACCGUCGCAAAGCAGUAUACAGACCACAAGGCGCUGACCACAGUCGCACGGUUCUCUCCUUCUGGAGCCUAUGUUGCUAGUGGAGACGCUGCAGGUACUGUAAGAGUCUGGGACUGCUUGGGUGACGGUCUCACGAAGGGAGAGUACUUCAUUACCAGCGGGCGCAUCAACGAUCUGGCUUGGGACGGAGACUCGCAGCGCAUCAUCGCAGUCGGGGACGGCAAGCAGAGAUAUGGACAUUGUAUAACAGCCGAUAGUGGAAACAGCGUUGGUGAAAUUGCCGGUCAUACGCAAGCAAUCAACUCCGUCUCGAUUAGACAACAGCGUCCGUUACGAGCAGCCGCAGCAGGAGACGACAAGACGCUUGUUUUCUACCAUGGCGCUCCCUUCAAAUUCAACACCAGUUUGAAGGACAACCAUAUAAACUAUAUCUAUGGUGUUGGUUUCAGUCCGGAUGGCUCUACACUUGUUAGUGUCGGUGGUGACCGGAGAAUCUGGCUGUAUGAUGGCAAGACCGGAGAAGCCAAGGGCCAGAUUGGCGAAGGAGAACACAAGGGCAGCAUCUUUGGAGUCUCAUGGGCUAGUGACUCCCGGAAAUUCGUCACAGCUAGUGCUGACCGGACCGUCAAGAUCUGGGAUGUGGAAGCUGGAAAGGCUAUCCAAACCUGGUCUAUUGGCGAAGAAGGAUCCUCGAAUGUUCGGGACCAGCAAGUCGGUGUCGUUUGGCCCCAGGGCCGAAGCGACGGACUCAUUAUCAGUCUUUCUCUGAGCGGAGAUCUCAAUUACCUCGUCGAGGGCAGCGAGAAGCCGAGACAAGUCCUCCACGGUCACCAGAAGAAUAUCACAUCCUUGACCCAUUUCGGCGGUGACAGCGACAAGGAAACUCUCUGGACUGGAAGUUUCGAAGGAAGGGUUUGCAGCUGGGACGUCGCCACAGGAACUGCGGAUGAAGUGGACGGUGCCAGCCAUGGAAGCUAUGUAUGUGGCCUGGCGCCCACUUCAGAGGGAAGUGGAAGGGUCUACAGUGUCGGCUGGGACGACACAAUCAGGUCCAUUGAUAUCUCCGCUAAGACGUACACUGGCAGCUCAUCGAAGCUAUCAGGCCAGCCGAAGGGUAUUGCCGUUGGAGACUCAACAGUGCUGGUCGCCAACUCUGAAGGAGUCGAGAUUUUCCAGGAUGGAAAGAAAUCAGGCGAUUUCGCUUCAAAGUCUCCUCUGACAGCUGUGGCAGCUCACGGAACUACCGCCGCCCUUGGAACAGAAGAUUCUUCGAUUCAGAUCGCCACCGUUUCCAGCUCUGGUCUCACUCCAAAGACUGAUAUUAAGGCGUCACGAAACCCGAUAUCAGUCCUAGCAUUCUCACCUGAUGGAUCCCUUCUAGCUGUUGGUGAUUCUCGUGGUCGCGUGCUUGUCUUCAAAGUUGCUGAUGGUAGUCUGGUGACGGACCGCUGGACGGCUCACACAGCGCGUAUCACUUCUCUGGCCUGGAACAAGGCCGGGACUCAUAUUGCAAGUGGCGCACUUGAUACAAACAUCUUUGUCUGGAGCUUAGCAAAGCCCGGAGAUUGGCUGCAGGUUUCCAAUGCCCAUAAGGAAGGAGUUAACGGUGUAUCCUGGAUCGAAGGAGGUCGCAAGAUAGCCUCUGCAGGUGCUGACGCAACGGUAAAGACGAAGACCGGCGAUAGCUGUCAAAACAUGGCAUCGCCGCCGGUGCCCUCGUAUCAUAUUAGUUCCUUCCGACGUAAGCUGCGGAAUGCCACCUUCAUAUUGCCUCAUACAGGUCAACGUCUAAAAGGGCUCGUUAACCUACGAAAAUCUGGUUCCUCGACGGACGAUGGCGAAGAUGAGCGGACACCGCUCUUGCCCGCCGGCGAAGCGCCUAUAGACCGCGGCGGGACUACAUCGAGGAUAUACGGCAAUGCAUACCAUCUCGGGGAGCGAGCCUAUCGGUUUGCCAUUUCGGAUGCAGGAAAAGGGGUGUUCAAAUGCAGUGUGGCAUAUUUACUGGGAUCUCUGGCAACUUUUAUACCAGCGAUCGCCGCGUUUCUCGGCCACCAAGAUGGGAAACAUGUUGUGGCUACGAUUACGGUCUACUUCCAUCCUGCGCGGUCAAUGGGAAGCAUGUUCAAGGCUCUGAUAUGUGCCUUCCUUGCUUUCCUCUAUGCUGCGUUCAUUUCUCUCACGAGUAUGUGCGUGGCCAUGUUCUUCGAGGACACCCUCGACUUACUUCCUCUUGGUCAUGCACUGGUGCUCAUCAUAUUUUGCGGCGGCGGUCUGGGUUUUAUCGGUUGGACAAAACUGAGGCUUGGUGAUCCUUUGGUCAAUGUUGCCUGUUCGCUGGCAUCUCUUGCCAUCAUCACAGUCUUGACGAAAGAAGGCGCCGUACAGAAAGGUGACCUGUCUUUCGCUAAGAUAUUCCAGGUUCUCAAGAUGGUCAUUAUGGGUGUAAUUGCUACUAUGACAGUGUCAUUCCUUAUUUUCCCUAUAUCUGCACGUAAGCAGCUCCGUUCAAACCUAGUCACAAUGACCGAUACGCUUGCCACCAUGUUAGGGCUAAUUACGGAGAGCUUCCUUCGCGGGUCAGAGGAAGAGCUCCAAGGAGCAGAGUUUACCAAUGCCUCAGGGCGUAAUAAGAAGGCCUAUGGCAUGCUCGACAAACUGGUGAAAGAAGCAAAACUGGAACACUAUGUGGUAGGCACAGAGAAGGAAUAUCGUCUUGAGAAAAGACUCGUCCGUUGGGUGCAGAAUACAACGCAGAAUAUGGGUGGACUGCGAAGCGCCGCUGCACUGCAAUUCGAGUUGCUCAAGCAGAGUCGAGUUGCCUAUGGCGAACAUCUUCUCGAAGGGCGAUCGUCUCCAAGAAUCGGUUCCUCCCCAUUCGGGACACCCUACCAUGAGCAUCAGCCGAUACUCUCGCCGUCCUUGCAUGAGGGAUCAGAGGAGCGACAAGCAAUCACGACUCCAGAUAUGGCUUCUCAGGCCAUUCUAAAAUCACCUGAAGAUAUAUUUGAAUUAUUCAUCACACAUCUCGGGCCCUCCAUGCGAUCUCUUGCUUUCACCUUGAAGGAAAUUCUGGAAGAGUUGCCCUUUGGCCCUACUCCUGAACACAGGGUCGUCGUCAACAGUAAAUUCAGAAUCAGCCUAGAUCGUGCCCUUAGUCUCUAUCGAACCUCCAGAGAAGAGGCUCUGAAGUCCGUCUAUAAACAGAAAGAAAUCAUGAGAACUAGAUCCCUCGAAGUAGAAGCGGACAUCGAAGAAGUAGCCGCAAGCUGUGGGCACUUCAGUUUUUCGCUUCUUGACUUCGGAGAGCAGCUCAAGGAUCUAAUGGCAAUAUUAGAUGAGCUUCAGCUCGAAUUUGAGGAGAGACCAAAUGGACGGUCUUGGAACUGGCUGAAGUUCUGGCGUUGGAGGACGGGAAAUAGCAACGAUGCAGACGCUGGACUCCGGAUCUCUGCGUCGGGAGCAAAGGACAUAUCCAAUAUGAUCUCUAUUCACCGUGGAAAGCCGAAGGGAGCCCAGUCCAAUUCAAAGGCAGAUCGCCUGAAAGAAAGACUCGCCUAUCGUAUCUGGAGAUCGCUUAGCGCAUUCAGGCGCGAUGAUACUAAAUUUGCUAUCAAGGUCGGUGCUGGUGCAGCGUUAUAUGCGCUGCCAUCUUUCCUAAGUGCUACACGGCCUUUUUACUCCCACUGGCGAGGGGAAUGGGGCCUGCUAUCGUACAUGCUUGUUUGUUCGAUGACCAUCGGUGCAUCAAAUACCACUGGAUAUGCUCGAUUCCUGGGAACUUCUUUGGGAGCAGUUUGUGCAAUCGGGUCUUGGUACGUCACUGCCGGGAAUGUGUUCUUCCUGGCCUUUCUGGGUUGGAUGAUGGCUAUGUGGACUGCCUAUAUAAUCCUUGUGAAGGGCCAGGGCCCUAUGGGGCGGUUCAUCAUGCUCACAUACAACCUCUGUGUGCUAUAUGCAUACUCACUCUCGCAGGACGACAGCAAGGGUGACCAGGACGAGGGAGGCGCCCACCCAGUCAUCACAGAAAUCACGCUUCAUCGGGUUGUGGCAGUCUUAUCCGGCUGUAUCUGGGGUAUUAUGUUUACUCGGUUGCUCUGGCCCAUUAGUGCUCGAAAGAAAUUGAAAGAUGGCUUAAGUCUGCUCUGGCUUCGCAUGAGCGUGAUCUGGAAACGCGACCCCUUGUCGACGAUGGUUCAAGGGAAAGAGACAGUCGAAUACAUGAAUGACCGAGAGAAGCUUCAAGUUGCACGCUUCAUGUCUCAUCUCGAAGGUCUCCAGGCGUCUGCCCGCGCUGAAUUUGAGCUCAAGAGCUCAUUCAACGAUGCUCUCUACACGAGCAUUCUCCGCCGCACAAGGAGUAUGGUGGAUGCAUUUCACGCCAUGAAUCUGGAGAUCGUGAAGAAUCGCCAGGCUUCGGAAGGAGAAAUUGCCCUUCUUCAUUAUACUAUGGAAGAGAGGUCGCAAUUAACCGCCCGCAUCAGCCAUCUAUUGUCCGUUUUGGCGUCGUCCAUGAAGCUUGAAUAUCCCUUGAGUGAUGUUCUCCCAAAUAUUGAACACGCCAGAGAUCGAUUACUGUCGUCCAUCUUCCACUAUCGCCAGGAUAGCCGUGUCUCUCAAUUGACAACGGAUGAAGACUACGCGCUACUCUACGCCUAUGUGAUCCUCUUUUCGGCUUCGCGCAGCCCGUCGCGUCAUAACGAGUUCGCAACGACCAUGCAGAUCGACCCAGCAGCUUUGAGUCGGACAGACUCUGCGUCGACUUCGACGUCGUCUGCUAAACCGGCAACUGCUACUGGCGCUUCGACGACGCAGAAGUCGACUAAGGCGCUCAUCUCUGUUCCGCGUCUGGAUCUGGAACCUGUCUACACUGAGCUGAAGGCCGCUAUCGGGGACAGUUGGGCGGAGUACAAGCAGUCGACAGCCCUUUUCCUUCUAGGUCAUCUCAACCAGAGCGAGUUCUCCUCACGUGUCGACCAUAUAAUAUGCGCAGAUGCGAAGACCGAACACCUCCACAAUAGCUUCAUAUGCACAAUUAUCGGGAACCUUACGAGGGACCUCCCUGACCAUGGAGUCGCCAGCUGGGUAUCUGCGAAUGAUAAGCCCACGGUUGUGUCUAAGCCGGCCUCCGGGGAUGCGGCCGAGCAAAGGCUCAAGACCGAGGUCAUGCAGCUACCCCCUCGAGACCGUCGGAGAAUAAAGGCGAUCCAGGAGCCCGACCCCAGCGAAGUGGCGCGGAAUGAACUUGAAGAAUAUCGCCAGGCGAAGCAAAUAAAAUUGCCGACACAAGUACCAGCGAGUGCAGGUGGAUUGAAUAAGACUAAUUGGGAACUCGAGAUCAGAAAACGAUAUGCGCAGCCACUGGCAUCAGAAAUCGGCGAAUUCCCCGAUGCCGAAUCGAUCCACGCCCGUAUGGUUCCCAUAUGUUAUGAGGAGUCUGUCGUUAGCGGUGCUAGCUUCUCUUGUGCCGAAUUCAUGGCCAUUGCGACGGAAACUUUUGUGAAGGAAGUACUGUCCAGCGUGUUCGCGCGAACGCGGUCAAAUGGCCCGUCCGGUACAAUUAACGGCAUGAUGACUAGGAGAUAUCGACACCAGCUAGAACGGGAAGAGCUGGCAUUCACUCGUGGUGAGAUCGCGAAGGAUGCCACUACCGGGUUGCUGCCGGUUGAAGCUAAGGAAGCUAGCGCCAGAAGACCUCUUGGGGUGAAGGACCUUAGGAUUGCCCUUGAGCUUGGAGGUGGACUGCUCAGCCAUAUGCCGUUGAUCAUCGAUCAAAUCAUGGGAGGAUAUGUUGAGGACGAACUGGAAGCAGAAAGACAGGACAUCCUGAUGGAAACCGCUAAUGGUAACAAGGUUGAGUCUCCACCAAGCCCCAUAGAUGAGAUGGACAUAGACGAAGCCGGCUGGGACUGGGAAGGAGGUGCCGCAGAUGACAGAGAGCAACUGGGCUCUUUGCUGGACGAGUGCCUUUCCAUGGCGGCUUGA